GGUUUUGCUUUCACUAUUUCGCUACCAAAUUGCUGCUAAACUUCUACGGUUUUGUGCGGUCUGUGCUUCAUUUAAGACUUCAACACCAAUUUCACAAGACCAAAAUCAGAAAUUGAGGAGAUGUCUUCAGAAGGAAUAAUGAGUGUGGUAGGAAGUGAGGUGAUGCCCUUGGAGUAUGGUGGCAUGGACUCAGAGAGUAGUCUGUCUCCAUUUAGUUCGGAGAGGACAAUGGAGGAAAGGAGAGAGCAAGGGGUAGGGGAAAAAGAGGAAGAAGAAAUUCCCUCAAAUAUUAUGGAGGUUAAGGGUAAUGGAGAUAGGUGUUAUGACCCAGAGUUAGACAUAGUGUUUGAGGUGAGGGGGUAUGUGAGUGAAUUGGGUAGCAGGGGUAGCCUUAGGGGUCUCGUAGGUAACUGUAACCUUCAUCACCACAUUUUAAUUAGGCCUGCCGGGGUGAAUGAGAGAGCAUGCUCAGCACCCCGAGAUCACUGGAUGCUCGUGUAUGUCCAUUAUUUGGCAACAGGGCUUAGGGGUAAAAGUGAGAAGGGGUGGUAUUACUUUGGACCUCGGACGUCCAACAAAGAGAAUAAGAGCUUAUUUACUGCUGGACCGUCAUCCAUUAAAGGAUGGAAAGAAAAAUUCUUCUUUGUAGAUGACACCGAGUGGAGUAGGAGGGAUGCCGAAGUGGAACACCUGUCUGCUUGGAAAGCUAAGAAAACCAAGCAAAACAAUUAUAAGUUAAAUGAGGAUGAGGUGGAAGAGGUUGAGAAGUUGGUGAGGGAAGAGGGGGACUUAGUGGAUAUUAUGUACCUCACCAGCUCGAAGGCGAUAAAGGCUGCCGAGCUCUAUGGGCCAAGCUCAUUGAGCGAAGCUGAGAUAGAGGGUUUUCUAAACGCUGUUGAGGGGCUAGCUAUCCCAAAGAAGCCAAGGAAGAAGUCAAAGACUUCAAAUGUGGCAGAUAAGGGCGCAGGUGAGGAAAGAGGCCGAGGUGCGAGGCCCUGGCAAAGGCAAGGAACUCAUCCCUCCUCUUUCAUCCCAGAAGACUUGUUCGAUGCAACCAACAUCAUUGGGGCGAAACGGUUCCUAAAUGCCACUCUUCCAGAGGUGGAUAGGAGGCAAGCGAGAGACGAGGCGGUGAGCCAACUAGGGGCUCGCGUUGUGAGGCAUUCCCUGGAGAGUGCAAGCUGGAGGGAGAGGGAGGAGCUAUUGAAGAAGAACAAAGAAAUGCAGAGGAAAUUAGAUGAAGUUGUGCCAACAGUAACCGAGCUCCAGAACGAUAAAGAUACCUUGAGCACAAGACUUGUCUUUGAAGAACGUAAGAGGAAGAUCUGUGAAGACAAGCUUGAGGCUCAAGACAAAUACAUUGAAAAUAUGAACAAAGGAAUGGGGGAGCUGAAGAAGAACGUGAAUCUGCUGGUUUACAACGGAAUGGAGGAGCAUAUUGGCAACUUCCUCAACUCCAGCACCUUUGAGAGCAUCAUCAACCUCUACUGGCUGCAGACUGCAAUUUUGGCAUUCACCGACUAUAGAAAGAAGGUGAAGGCUCAAUAUCCGGAAGUGGAUGUCACGACGGUUACUUUCGGUGAUCAGGAAGAAGGGGUGGAGGAGGACGAUGAGAGUCUCUCUGUUGACUUCCGACCUCUAAUCAAGCUGAGAUGGGAGCGUGAUGCAGAGGGACGCACUAUCUUUCCUCCAUCCUUUGAUGCUGAGCUUGUGGCCGUAGAGGAAGAGGAAGAAGUGUGGUAUCCAAGCCAGCUCGAAGCUGUAUCAGAGCAAGGUUCGAACCUGCAUCGAGCAAGGUUUGAACCUGCAUCAGAGCGCGGUUCAAAGCCUACUGCAGACGUGAUUCCACCUCCGAUACAAGUGCCAUCGGAGCUAGUCUCACCCCAUGACAAGCUAGCUCCUUCUGAAGCAGAGGUGCCACCUCUGCCUGCUGGAGACGAGCCACCUCAACCACCUCUUCCUAUUGAGGAGCAACCUCCUUCCUCAGCAGAAUAAUUUAGGAUUAUCUAUUUUUUAGUCAUAUUUGUAAUGAACAUUUUUGUAGUUGAUUUUUUACUAAUUUAUAAAAUUUUUGAAGUUAUUUUUCAUGUGUAUUUUUGAUGUUUGUUUGAUGUUUUGUUUCAAGUAUAUCACUUUGAAUAAAAUAAGGUGACCUUA